AUGUCACCCUCCACCCCUCGACCUAAAUUCUCAAUAGGCGAUGCACCUCAUCAUCCUCGUCACAACACCCCGUCAACCGCAAUAACACAAGGAGAGUUGGAAGAAGCUGAUAUAAUUGCACGACCCAAUCCAAGACUCUCCCCUAUCAUUGCAAGAGAUACCAUCUUGUCCUCUGCCAGUCCAAUCCAACCUCAAUUUGCCGAACUUUUGACUCCCCUCAAACUACGUAGAAAGAGAAACCGCCCGCCAGUCAACCAGCAACCUACCUCCAUACCGCCUGUAGCUGGUCCAUCUAGAUUAGGUUAUUACACUUUAGAAGGAGAUCUAUAUAGAGGAGCUGUCAGAGAUCCGACCGUACCGGAUCAACAGCCGAUGGAUGAGGAUGCUGUCUCUCUGGGCACGAGCAGUACGUCUAGUGCGAGUUCCACUUGGUCAGAAAACCUUGAAAAGGCAAGAGCUGUCAUCGAGAGAUUUGGAGAAGCUCUGGGAGUAAGGAGAGGCAGUCAUUCGUCUGGCUCUGAUACGAGUGAUACGACCGAUACUGAGUCUCAUGGAGGUCGCUCAACCGCAUCGAUAAAAACGAGAAAUAGGAGGAAAAGAAGGGGAUCCAAGCUUAGUAGGAUUGAAACUGCUUUGGGUCGUCAAACAUCCAGCAGUCCCCAUCCUCCAAAACGACAACACCUUCCGAAACGAAGAGAGUUUACUUUGCUUUUACCACCGCGUUUAGGAGAAGUUGACAUAGGUGUUAGGAGCUCUGUCUCUUCCUCGGAAAGAGAACAGUCAACUUUAGUAGAAGGCGAUGGUAGUCCUCAGUCACUAGGCCAAAAACCAUACCCACCAGAUAGAGUAGUAGUAACUCCCUCUUUGCCGGUCGUCGUUGAACACAUACGCUCACUUCGUCUGUCAAAUGGCGUUUUCCCCAUCGAUACUACCCCACUUCCUACUCCCGGUCCCACACCAAAUGUACCAAUGCGUAAAGCCGGAUCAGCUCCGGGACGCUCCCGUACACCUAAAGGCCCUCCCUCAUUCCCUUUGCCUCCUCGACCGCUAGCGUCUCGCACUCAAUCAAGACUGCAUGCGCUCAGAGGAGAUAUGACAGCAGACCCAAUCAGACCAAAAUCUGUCUCGGACCUACUCGGCUUGUCCAGACCGGAUUCGACCGCUAGCUUGACAUCUCUCAAAGCCGAGUAUCACCCGCCAUCCAGGCUUGGGACACCUGCGGUCGCGAAGGACGGAUUCGAUUUCCCUAAAAAGGGCAAGGCAAAUGAGACUUGGUGGUUGGAUGUAUCCUGUCCUGGCUGGGAGGAUCUGAGGGAUCUAGGAGAGCUUCUCGGUCUUCAUCCUCUUACUCUUGAAGACGUCCUGCAACAAGAUCCGAGAGAGAAAUUAGAUCAUUUCGAUAAAUUGGGUUACUAUUUCCUGGUAGUCCGAGCUUUGGAUGAAAGCUAUUUCAAGUACACCCCUGGAUCAGCAAGUGCAUCUGGCGCGACGCUUGCUGAGGCACCGGCUAUACGGAGUGCAGAUACUGCACCUGAGAUAUACGAGAUGCAGGAAACGGAUAAUCGAGAGAGCGAGAAGAAGGAGGGUAGAAGGAGAGGUUGGGGCAUGGGCAGAGCUACUGGGAAGAAUGCAAGUAAAUCAGGUGAAAAAGUUGAGAUUGUCGAAGAUCAUCCUGGAAAAGAAGGACUGGAAGGUGUUGGAGUGGGUGCCGUUAAUGUGUAUUUGGUCGUCUUCGCAGAUGGAAUUGUCAGCUUCCACUUCGAGGAUAUCUCAAAACACACUAGACGAGUGCUCGAACGUGCUCUCAACUUCCCCAAUCCAGAACACAACUCCGAUUGGAUAGCCCACGGGUUGAUCGAUUCAAUCGUAGACGCUUUCUUUCCCCUGAUUCGAUACGUCGAUGGGGAAGUGGAUGAUAUCGAUUCUUUGACUAUUGACCCUACCACGGAUCCCAAGAGGACUACAGCAGUCCUGGAGAGUGAACCUAUACCAUCACCAGAAUCUUCAUGGAACGAAUUCGAAUUGAAUGAAAAGCGUCUAUCAUCAAAUGAGAAACCAAGUUUAUUACCUCAUAUGUGUAAACAACAACCCUCUCGUCUGCGUCAAAAGAGUAAACUCAACAUCAGAAGGACUCUGCGUGAUAAGAUUAAGAUACCUUCAUUGCAAAUACCUCUUCCUCGACCCUUCAUAUAUUUCAGGUUAUUCUUCUUACCUACAUCCUCCGCUAUACGAAGAAAACAUGAACAAGUCUCUGAAGCGGUCUUUGAUCGAUCGACGAUGUUGAAGCGAAUCACAGAUAUGAGAAGGCUGGUAACUGGCUUGACUAGAUUAUUAGGAGCCAAAGGCGCGGUUAUCGCCAGACUCAGAAAGAGAGCGAGAGAACAGGGUGCGACGAUGGAAGCCUACAUUGGUGAUGUUGAAGAUCAUAUCCUUUUGUUACAAACAUCGUUGUAUCACUACGAGUACAUCUUGUCGCAUUGUCAACCUGCAUAUCUAUCGCAUCUUAACGUAUCUUUCUCUUUCGCCAGAGGUGGCACGGAUCAAGCUAUCUUAGCGCUGUCCACCGUCACCAUUUCCAUCCUGCCUAUGCAAUUCAUACUAAGUUUAUUCUCCAUGAACGUCAAUGUGCCUCAUAAUGGUGAUCCCGAUAUGGAUGCUCACGAACACGAUGACGGUACUCCCUCUCCUUAUGGUUACUUCGCUGGUAUAGUGAUUGCCAUCUUCCUCAUCGCGUGUGUGAUGGUCAUGAUCAUUCGAUAUUGGAGAUGGCUCGCAAGGAAGAAAUGGUCAAGACUUAGAGGGGCAGACGUACCCGAUUUCUGGGAAGGUUUUUGGGGAUGGAGAUGA